CGCCGGGCUCCAGGGGCCGCUAACGGUCCCGCGCCCCUCGGCGUCCCCCGGCGCCCCGGCGCCCCCCGCCCCGCCGACCGCGGCGCCGGCGAGCGCUGGCGCGAUGGGGGCGGCGGAGCCGCUGAGCUCGGUGCUGUGGGUGAAGCAGCGGCUCUGCGCCGUGAGCCUGGACCCCGCGCGCGCGCUGCUGAGCUGGUGGCGGAGCCGGGGGCCCGGGGCCGGCGUCCCCGGCGCGGAUGCCUGCUCCGUGCCUGUUUCUGAAAUCAUCACUGUGGAAGAGCAGGAUGUCCAUGGGAAGCGCUCCGCCAGCGGGAAAUGGCAGAAGAUGGAGAGGCUUUACGCUUUCACAGUGCACUACGUGCAGAGAGCCCGCCAGCACCGCUGGAAGUGGACAAAGGUGACCUUCUGCUGUGCUGACGAGCAGCUGUGCCAUCUGUGGCUGCAGACGCUCCGGGAGCUGCUGGAGAACCUGAGUCACGCUGUCUCUGUGCCUCUCCAUCUUUCUCUCCUAAGGCUCCAUUCUGUACCUCUGUUGCAUUCUUCUUAUUCUCUGCAAACCCACUUCCUUCAUAUGAAGAACGAGGCUGCCGCCUUCCAGAAUCUACAUCUUAAAGGACUCUGCAUCAGGAGAGUGUCCUCCCCGUCGAGACCAAAGCAUUUACUGGUGUUCAUCAAUCCCUUUGGAGGGAAAGGACAAGGCAAGCGGAUAUAUGAAAGAAAAGUGGCGCCGUUGUUCGCGUUAGCCUCUGUCACCACUGAAGUCAUUGUUACUGAGCGUGCUAACCAUGCCAAGGACAGUCUAUAUGAGAUCAAUAUAGAUAAAUAUGAUGGGGUCGUCUGUGUCGGCGGGGACGGCAUGUUCAGCGAGCUCCUGCACGGCCUGAUCGGCAGAGCGCAGAGGAACGCUGGCGUGGACCAGAACCAGCCCCGCGCCACGCUGGUGCCCAGCCCGCUCCGCAUCGGCAUCAUCCCCGCGGGGUCAACAGAUUGUGUGUGUUAUUCGACGGUCGGCAUAAACGAUGUGGAGACGUCGACCUUGCACAUCAUCCUGGGGGACUCGCUGCCCCUGGACGUGUCCUCCGUGCACCACAACAGCACUCUGCUGCGCUACUUUGUGUCCCUGCUGGGCUACGGCUUCUACGGGGACAUCAUCAAGGACAGCGAGAAGAAGCGCUGGAUGGGCCUCGCCAGGUACAACUUCUCAGGGCUGAAGACCUUCCUGUCGCAUCACUGCUACGAAGGAACGGUGUCCUUCCUCCCGGCCCAGCACACAGUGGGAUCUCCACGGGACGUGAAGCCAUGCCGGGCAGGGUGCUCCGUCUGCAGGCAGAGCAAGCAGCAGCUGGAGGAGGAGCAGAAGCGGUCCUUGUACGGUCUGGAGAACACUGAGGAGGUGGAGGAGUGGAAGGUCAUCUGCGGGAAGUUCCUGGCCAUCAACAAUGCGAACAUGUCCUGCGCUUGUCACCGGAGCCACAGAGGCCUCUCCCCUGCUGCACACUUGGGAGACGGGGCUUCCGACCUCAUCCUCAUCCGGAAAUGCUCCAGGUUCAACUUUCUGAGGUUUCUCGUCAGGCACACCAACCAUCACGACCAGUUUGACUUCACUUUUGUUGAAGUUUAUCGAGUCAAGAAAUUCCAGUUUACGUCGAGGCACGUGGAGGAUGAGGACCGCAACCUCAAGGAGAGGGGCAAGAAGCGGUUUGGGCAGAUCUGCAGCGACCACCCGCUGUGCUGUUGCACCGUGUCCAACAGUUCCUGGAACUGUGACGGGGAGAUUCUGAACAGUCCUGCCAUCGAGGUCAGGGUCCACUGCCAGCUCGUUCGGCUGUUUGCACGAGGAAUUGAAGAGAAUCCUCAGCCAGAACCACACAGCUGAGACCCGUGGUGCAUCGCCCGCCUUCCUGCCGCGUCUGGGAAGUGUGACGAUUAUUUAAGAAGAUUACUGCAGACCAAUUAUGUCGAUAUACACAUUUAAAUUCAGAAUUUUACUUUUGAUAGUUCAAUCUUGAUUUUAGAAAAAAUACCUUUUGUCAACAAUUUUGUGGACUUAUUUGGCAUUUUCUGUUCUAUGUGAAUCUUUGGGUUACGUUUCCUAGAACUUAUUCUCAGCAAAUGGCACUCGUUGAUUGGGCCGCUGGUGUCUUCGAGUGUGACAGUGCUGACAGCGCAGAUUACAGCUGCCCGUAGUGGCCUCAUGCAGUGAUUCCAGGGGCAACACGAGUGCUCUCCAUCGAGGUCAUGCCCUCUGGACGUGAGGGACCUACCGGUUUCUCUGAUCUGCUCUGCAAGACAUUCCGUGGUAGUUCCUGAGCCAGUUUUGGAAAGUGCUGGUUCUCUCUGCCUUCCUUUUCCCUGCGUCUGACUGAUGGUUAGGACGUGAUCACGGGCUCCCGUCUGUCCUGCUUCAAGCAACACUUCCGGAGUGGACCAUUCAGUGAGAACUAAUUACUAAAAGAAACAACACUAUACCUUUGAAAGCUCACUUCUUGCUUUCAUCGUAGCAGCAUUUCUAAGACAAUCCAGUCAGGAGCGAAGACAGGCCCCGCGCUCUGGGAACAGGCAGCUGGCAGCGCCCGGCCGGUGUCUUACUGUUUUGAAUUGAGAAUACCGAUGCUUUCCAUCGACACCCAGGGGACAGCAGGGCUGGGUGCCAGGCGGGAGCGAAGGAGACGGGCUUGUGUUGACUUCAAGCCAGUGCGGCCCCAGGGACAGGGUGCACCCAGGACCCAGGGUUGCUCUCGUGGUCCUGAGGCUGCACACAUGGUCCAGAUGUGUUCUUUUCUUGUCUUCACCCUUAUUUCUAAAUAUUUAUUGACCGUUUUGUCCUUUUCAGCCAGAACAGUAGAAACGGCGUCUCCAGCUGUGUUCGGUUUGCUUGCUGCUACAGCCGCAGCGCCGGGGAUCCCUGGGUGUGUGCCCGUCCCAGAUGCCCCCGUCUGUGUCCCCAACCUGUGCUGCGGCCUCAUGUUCUUCGCGUCCGCGCGUAGGUACAGGGAAGCUGUGUCUAGAGUAGCUUUAUCUGAAGUACGAGAAGACGAGCUCACGUUACGAGACGACUCAUGCUCUCGUCUGUGCUUUUGGAGUGGAUUUCACUGCACGUGGGUUCAAGUAGUCACUGUGGCACUCCACGGCCAUCAUGUGUUUUCAGAAUGCACCUGCAGCGACUUAUAUUUGAAGUAUGUGUCCAACUUCCCAUUUCAUCAUUCAGUGCCACCCAGGUGAGGCAAAAGGGCAGCUUUAACAGUGGUCUUUUAAAUAGAUCACGUUAUUAUGGUAAUUGGGCGAGGCGAAUGGUUUACUAAUCGGUGGGUGGAUGGAAAGUCUGGCCAUAAAGAAGGAAAUGCACGCUGGCCAUGUCUGCUCUUAGUAUUUGCUCCUGGUUGGGAAGGGACCAAAGACGCGCAAGUGGCCACUCUGCACAGGGCAGGCGCCACGCCCUCGGGGCUGGGGGCUCCCCGAGGCACCCCAGAGGGUCUCCCCGCAGGACUCCCUGCGGCCCCGAUGCCAUUCUGCGGAGCUGAGCUACUGCACAAGGUUUCCUCAAAAGAUCCUUCAGUCUUUGUCGCCCCUGGUGAGUGUCUCCAGCACACUGGUCUGCCCUAGAAUCCACUGCCAAUUUUAGAAAAACAGUGCAGGCCAGAGUAAGCGUUUUACUUUGAAGGAGAAACCCAGCCACGCCACAUGGUUCCCGGGCGGCUCUGAGGAUGUUUACCGACCACAUGCUGGCAUUCAACAUUGCAAACCCUGGGCCUGUUCUUGGGGGAGCGUGUGCCUGUCUGAACUCCCUGAGAUCUGCACACAGGACAGAAGCCCCUUCCAGACAUCCGCACUCCAGAAGUUCUGAUCUCCACCAAGACUCCAGGUGGAGCAGCCGCGACACCUGAACUUCAGGGUUUAAGAAACACAUCAGAACUGACGGCUAGGUAGUGACAACUUAGCAUCCUCUAGAAGGGUUAGUCUGUUCUAACUUCCGUGUGGCUCAGGGGUGCAACAGAAGGAGGCAGCAGUCCUGUUUGACCCUGCUCCUGCGUCUUGUACUCGCAGCGGGAGGAGGACGCCGCGGGCCCUCCCGAGCCUCGUGGGACUGGGAAAUAGGCUGGAAAAGGUGGCUUAAUUCCCGCUCUAGUCUUGCUGGUUUCAAGAUUAGAAGAUGGUAUAUUGGCUCUGAUAUGUUUGAGAAGAUAAAAAUAAAGUUACUUUGGGCAGAAUUUGGCUUUUUUUCUCUUACAAAUUCCUAUUAUUUUCAAAGCAGAGUAUUUCCUGAGAAAACACAUACACAUACGUACAAUAAAAAAACAAGAAUGAAAUGGACCAUGGCAUUACCUCCCACCCAUGCCAAGAAACUCAGCUCCGCCCCAAGGCGCCCUGUGCACCCCGCGGGCUGACCCUCCCCCGCCUCCUCCACAGAGGUAAGCAUGGGUCUCACCUCCGUGUGGGAGCGGAUCCGAAUGUGCUACCCCAAAGAUGCCCCUUUGACAUAAGGAUUGUUUGGAGCUGAAGACAAUUAAGCAGCAGCAAACACAGCAAGAGCUCCCUGCCCUCCCGCAUCUGCCAGAGAGCAGGACGGGAAUUUCCCUCUGAAGGUGCCCUCUCAUCUCCCGCACCACGAGGAGCCACGUGAUCACCGGGGACAGAACGUCAGCACGGGGAUGCGGCUGCACAAACCACCCUUCUCUCAGCUCCCCCAGAUAAGAUCCCCCCAUGAAUUAGUGUUCCCUAGGAGCCCAAUCCCCUUUCCCUUCGUCUUCUCACUUCUCAACAAAUUAAUUGCCCUUUAUUAAAAUGGUAUAUAAGCCCCGGGUCUCACCACCUCUUUUCUACAAUACCUCCAUGCACAUAAAAUAAAAUAUUAGCAUUAAAUAAAAACUGUGUGCCAUUUCUCCUCUUAAUUUGCCUUUUGUUAGUUUAAUUUGCAGGCCCCAGCUACUGAACCAAAGAGGGUAGAAGAAAGGUUUUUUCUUCCCCUACACACGUUCACAUUCUGAGACAGUCUACUGUCGAGUUUUGCAGGUUUUGCUCUUUAUAUAACAGGAACCACACUGUGUUGUUUUCUGUAACUUCUUUCAUUCUGCAUGUUUUGAGAAGACAUUUUCAUCAUGAAACUGAAUUUUCUGAUGAAUAUUGCAUAUAUUUCCAUUUGUAUAAGUCCUCAUUCAUGUCUUUCAAUAGUUUUAUAAUUUUUCCUUAAUCUUUCUCAAUUUUGUUUAGAUUUAUUAAAACUUCCUAUUUUGAA